UACGGCAACGUUUUUUUUUUGUUUUUGAUCAGCUGACAUCCCAUCUGUCAAAAUCAUUUGAGUUUUUUUCUAAGCGCGUACGCUAUGCGAGUCGGUCCGUGUUAAAAUCAAAGAACCAUUGCGUAACGGUUGCCAACAGUGACGUAAAUUUGCAACAAAUAUUGUUAUUAAGAUUCGAGUUCAAGGUAAAAGUAGGUCGCAAUAAACCCAGCGACGGGAUGGCGUUAUCCGAGAUUGUCAGCAGUCGUUGCGUUGGCAGCCUGAAGUCGGCGUUCAAGUUGCAAAAUAAACUUUCGAAUUUUGUCGCAUCGCGAGCCGCUAUGUCCGAUUUUAGGGUAGAAAAAGACACGUUCGGCGAAUUGAAAGUGCCGUCCAACAAAUACUACGGGGCGCAGACCGUGAGGUCGACCAUAAAUUUCGCCAUAGGCGGGGAAUAUGAAAGGAUGCCGUUUCCUGUCAUUACCGCAAUGGGCAUCUUGAAAAAGGCCGCCGCCGAAGUGAACAAAGACUACGGACUGGACCCCAAACUCGCGGACGCCAUAUCGGAGGCUUGCGACGACGUCAUCUCGGGGAAACUGUACUGCGAGCACUUCCCGUUGGUUAUUUGGCAAACCGGUUCGGGCACGCAAACCAACAUGAACACGAACGAGGUGAUAAGUAACAGGGCGAUAGAAAUUUUGGGCGGCAAGUUGGGCUCCAAGACUCCCGUCCAUCCCAACGAUCACGUGAACAAAAGUCAGAGCAGCAAUGAUACUUUUCCGACCGCGAUGCACAUCGCCGUCGCCAUGGAAAUCGAGCACACUCUGUUUCCCGGCUUGAACAUGUUGGCCGACUCGUUGGACAAAAAGGCGAAAGAGUUCUGCGAUAUAAUCAAAAUUGGUCGUACCCACACCCAGGACGCCGUCCCGUUGACCUUGGGCCAAGAAUUUAGCGGCUACGUAACUCAGAUUCGGUUCGGUAUAGAGAGAGUGAGAACGACCCUGCCCAGGUUAUACAUGCUGGCGCUCGGUGGUACUGCGGUGGGUACCGGGUUAAAUACGAGGAAGGGGUUCGCGGAAAAGUGCGCCACCAAAAUAUCCGAACUUACGGGGUUACCGUUCGUUACGGCGCCGAAUAAAUUCGAAGCUUUGGCCGCGCACGACGCGCUGAUCGAAGUUUCGGGGGCCCUGAACGUCGUCGCCUGUUCCCUCAUGAAAAUAGCGAACGACAUCAGGUUUCUCGCUUCGGGGCCCCGCUGCGGACUCGGCGAACUGAUUUUGCCGGAAAACGAGCCCGGAAGUUCGAUAAUGCCCGGAAAGGUGAACCCCACUCAGUGCGAAGCCAUUACGAUGGUCGCGGCUCAAGUGAUGGGCAACCACGUAGCCGUGUCCGUCGGCGGCUCGAACGGCCACUUCGAGUUGAACGUCUUUAAGCCGAUGAUGGUCGCCAACGUGUUACGGUCGAUAAGGUUGCUAGGAGACAGCAGCAAGAGUUUCACUGUGCAUUGCGUCGACGGGAUCCAAGCGAACCGCGAGAGGAUCGAGAAACUGUUGCACGACAGCCUCAUGUUGGUUACCGCCCUCAAUCCCCACAUCGGAUACGACAAGGCGGCGGAAAUCGCGAAAACCGCUCACAAGAACAAGUCCACACUCAAGGAAACCGCCAUUAAGUUGGGUUACUUGACGGAAGCACAGUUCAACGAGUGGGUCAAGCCGGAAGAGAUGUUGGGGCCGAAGUAAAAGUAUUAUCGCGCUACCGAUUUAUUUGUUUUUUAUUUUUUAGAGAUCUGUUUUUAUAAAUUAUUAUCGUGUGGUGCAUAAAGAUUCGAUUUGGUUGUU